AUGCCAGUUGCUUCUUCUUGGAUGCGCAUGUGCACAAUCUGGAGUCACCGCCCCGAUUUCAGAGAUCUGUGGGCCUUCCGUGACAUGCAUCAAUCAUUACGCAAAUGUCCUGCCGUGAGUCGGAUCUCUAGUCUAUCGGAAAGGAAGGCAGAGGAGGAAGAGGUUCCUACGACAUUCGGUGAUAUUUCAGUUGCCAACGGUUCUGCGCUAUCAGAAGUGAAAUCGGCCGAUUUUGUCGUCUUUGACAAAGAAAGGGGGCUGGAGAUACUGGGCUCUAAACCUAGCUACGAGCUCAUGUUUGCGGUGUCCGAAGCUGUCCAUGAGGCGCCUGUUUACGUGGCGUCGCAGAAUAAACUGUACCUGUCACAAUUGGCUCCCCCGGCGGGCUACCUGCCCCAGCUCGUGGUCGAUCUAAACCAAGACCCUCCAACCCUGUCAGAAUUCCUCUCCGACCCCCCUGUUUAUGCCCCAAAUGGAGGCACUUUCCAUAACGGCAAGAUCAUCUGGGGAACAUCCGGUGGGAAUCGAUCUGUCGGGGGUGGCGAGCAACGUGUAUCUUUGAGGACACUGGAUCCGGAGACCAACAAGACCACGAAUCUGGUCAAUAACUACUACGGGUUCUACUUUAACACUAUCGAUGACCUUGCCGUGCAUCCGAAGACGGGAGAUAUUUGGUUCACAGACCCUCACUACUCUUGGUUCAACUCCCUUACCGAUACCCCUCCACAGCUUCCGUCAGCUAGCUACAGGUAUAAUGCGUCUUCGGGUGCCGUGAUGGUCGUGGAUGACAGCAUUGGCCAGCCCAAUGGCAUUGCCUUUAACCCGGAUGGCACGACCGUAUACAUCAGCGACACUGCCGCGGUCAGUGGGCCCGUCGACCCCGACGCCGGACAUCCAGGGACACCUUUCAAUGCCACCCAUCGCAGAACUGUCUAUGCUUUUGACGUGAGCAGCGAUGGUACUCAGGCCUUGAAUAAGCGUCCUAUAUAUUUGGCCGCCGGGUUCGUGCCCGACGGCCUCAAGGUGGCCGCAAAUGGGUAUAUUUUGGCAGGAACUGGACGAGGCGUUGACGUACUAGACCCUGCCGGCCAGCUUCUCCUGACGAUCCAGACGAACUACACGGUGCAAAACUUUGCCUGGACAGGCCCCGAACUCAAAACCCUCUGGUUGAUGGGGAACGGGGGGAUCAGCAAGGUUGAGUGGGAGCUUGCAGGCCAGGAAUUGAAAUGA